CGGGUGCCCUGGGCCGCCCGCAGCGCCUGCGGGGGCCCCCCGUGCUGCUAGAAUGUUCUCGGACGCCGGUGUCGUCUGCGCGUGAGAACACCGCUGUCCUGAUCGAGUGCCCAGAUUCAGGGUGAGCCCACCUUUGCUGUCGGAUUCUUACUGCUUACGGAGAGCAUGACUUUGGACGUCAGCCGUGAACGAGUCUCUGCACUCUGCGUGAAAGCACCGUGAGAUGUGUCAUUCACAGAGGAAACCUUGUCGGACUUGUAGUUCAUUGGAAAACUCAGAAGUAUAAUGUCUCAGGAAGGUAAUUACGGGAAGUGGACAAUAUCCAGUAGUGAUGAGAGUGAGGACGAAAAGCCGAAACUGGACAAGCCAUCCACUUCUGCCCUUCCCCACGCCGGGCAAGGCACAGCAAGUGAGCCAAGGUACACCUGUUCUGAGGCUCGCAAAGCUGCACACAGGAGACAGGCGUCCCCUGUGAGAUUCAGCAACACAGAUUCGGCUUCACCUCCCAAAAAGCAAAAAAGUGGUUCCCAGGGAGACCUGGGCUGGUGUCUCUCCAGCAGUGACGAUGAGGUCUCCCCAGAGUCCCAGCCAAAGCAGGCCAAGGAAGCCGUGGGCUGCGAGGAGCCAGACGUCUCUUCUCCCAGAGACGGCACUGCCCAAACGAGUGGAAAUCACAGCGCUCCUGCCAGCCACAGACUCAAAGAGGAGGUGGAAGACAAGCAUGAGGCGUCGUUGGAAGGCCAGGACCUUUGGGAUAUGUUGGAUCGAGGGAACCCCUUCCGCUUUUACCUCACUAGAGUCUCGGGAAUCAAGCCCAGGUACAACUCCGGAGCCCUCCACAUCAAGGAUAUUUUAUCUCCUCUAUUUGGAACACUUGUUUCUUCAGCUCAGUUUAACUACUGCUUCGAUGUGGACUGGCUCAUAAAACAGUACCCACCAGAGUUCAGGAGGAAACCCAUCCUGCUGGUGCAUGGUGAUAAACGAGAGGCCAAGGCUCACUUACAUGCCCAGGCCAAGCCUUACGAAAACAUUGCCCUCUGCCAGGCAAAGUUAGAUAUUGCAUUUGGAACACAUCACACGAAAAUGAUGCUACUGCUUUACGAGGAAGGCCUCCGGGUUGUCAUCCACACCUCCAACCUCAUCCACGAGGACUGGCACCAGAAAACUCAGGGAAUAUGGUUGAGCCCCUUGUACCCACGACUUGUCCAUGGAACCCACAAAUCUGGAGAAUCGACAACACAUUUUAAAGCUGAUCUCAUCAGUUAUUUGAUGGCUUACAACGCUCCUUCUCUCCAGGAGUGGAUAGACACCAUCCAUGGGCAUGACCUCUCUGAAACAAACGUUUACCUUAUUGGUUCAACCCCGGGACGCUUUCAAGGAAAUCAAAAAGAUAAUUGGGGACAUUUUAGGCUGAGGAAGCUUCUGAAAGAACACACCUUGUCCGUCCCCCAGGCCGAGUCCUGGCCCAUCGUGGGCCAGUUUUCUAGCAUUGGCUCCUUGGGGGCUGAUGAGUCCAGGUGGCUCUGCUCGGAGUUCAAAGAGAGUUUGCUGACCCUGGGGCAGGCAAGCAGAACCGCAGGGAAAAGCACCGUUCCUCUGCAUUUGAUCUAUCCUUCUGUGGAAAAUGUGCGGACCAGCUUAGAAGGAUAUCCUGCUGGGGGCUCUCUUCCCUAUAGCAUCCAGACAGCUGAAAAACAGAAUUGGCUGCAUUCCUAUUUUCACAAAUGGUCAGCCGAGACAUCUGGCCGCAGCAACGCCAUGCCACACAUUAAGACCUACAUGAGGCCCUCUCCAGACUUCAGCAAAAUUGCCUGGUUCCUUGUCACAAGCGCCAAUCUGUCCAAGGCCGCCUGGGGCGCACUGGAGAAGAACGGCACCCAGUUGAUGAUCCGCUCCUACGAGCUCGGGGUCCUCUUCCUCCCUGCCAUGUUUGGCCUGGACAGCUUCAAUGUGAAACAGAAAUUCUUCUCCAGUCACCAGGAGCCAACAGCUGCCUUCCCUGUGCCGUAUGAUCUGCCCCCAGAACUGUAUGGAAGUAAAGAUCGGCCGUGGAUUUGGAACAUCCCUUACGUCAAAGCGCCAGACACACAUGGGAACAUGUGGGUGCCCUCCUGAGCAUCUUCCAGUCGCAGGACGUGGAGCCCCAGGACCGAGUGUUCCUGCCGUACUGGACGCGCCCGUCCCGAAGGUGUUCCUUGCGCUCCUGCAGAGGCCACACUUGUGACCAUGGGUCUGUGUUUAGUAAUCAUUGACACGCUCACUAAAAAGAAGAAGUGUCCCUUUGUUAAUUCACUUUUAUAUGCUUUGAAAAGAAACCUAUUAAACGUCACAAUGUUGA